ACCCCUUUUACGGCACAUGACGAUUCUCCACCGUUCUCCACAUGAGUUCAUUUGAAACGUGAGCUAGUGUGAAAACAUUAACUACAUGAUAGAUCAAUAUCAUAUCUCUCUGAUUCGCACUAACUCUAUAUAAAUUAUGGGUAAAAGUAAGAAUAACCGAUUUAGACGUCCACAGUUCAACGCAGAGGGACUGUCUGUGAAUGCUGUAAAGGAAGUCGAAGUGGACCACGAUGAAGUCUGUGAUGGAAUCGACUCUCCAGCUGGGGAGUUACUGGAGAAAUUGCAGAAUCCCAGUGCAGAUAUGCGGGAGUUUGCGUGUGCCAGCAUAUCACGCGUGGUGCAACAGAGCCAGACCAUCCCAGCCUUCCUCCAGCGAGAUGCGGUGAGGCGCCUGGGGCCCUUACUGCUGGAUCGCAGUCUGGCUGUUAGGGAGACUGCCACAGGGGCACUUAGGAACUUAAGUGCUUGUGGAGGUCAUGAGGUGUGUGAGGAUAUGGUGAAACAGGAUGUCAUGACUCCUCUGACUGCUCUUCUUCGAGAGUGCUGUGCUGGGUUUGAGACCAAUCCUACCCUAUCAUUAAAAGAGCAGAAAAACCCAGUGGAGGAUGUAGCCAAUGAAGCAGUUAACUUGCUGUGGAAUCUCUGUGAGAGCAGUAGCCAGGCACUUUGUGUGUUCAACAAAGCAGGCCUUCUGGAUGUGAUUCUCCAGUGUCUGGAGCGACAUACUAACAACAUCCAGCUGGCUCUGUCUGCAGCCCACUGUUUGCAUACAGUGACUGAGGACAACGCAGAGUUGUUAUGCAGUAUGAACAACGCUGUUUUAGGAAGUCUGGAGAGUGUGCUGCUGUCCUCAGAGACUGCCAUGGCACACAUACUGCUCAAGACGCUGGCUGCAGGGUCACUGUGGAACCUGAAGAGUAGCCUGCCCACGGCCCGCCAGGCCCAGACCCUGAACGCCUUAGUAGCCACCCUGUCCCAGUGCUUGGAGCUGGACGCAGGCACGUUGAUCCCACAACUCCACCAGGCUGAGGUGUCCUGCAGUGCCCCUUCCUCAGAGGCUGGAGAGAUGGACGACCACCAGGCAGUUGCAGAGGAUAUGGGUGUCGAGGAGAUGGAGGACGAGGAAGGGGGGGGUCAGGCAAGGAGAGAUGAAAAGGCAACCAAGAUGGAUAAAGAUUUCUCGGACCUGCUGCCUAGAGGCAAGGAGGAGCUGAGGGAGGCAACAGCUUUGCUGACAGCCCAGCAGACGUCCUUGGAGAUCAUUGUCAACAUGUGUUGCUCUGAUGAUCCUUCAGACGAUGAGUGGGAGGAGGCUUCGAGCAGUGAUGAGAGUGAGAUGUGUCCUGACGGCCUCUCUGAGGGGAACACCAGUCUACUGUCCCCACUGUGUCUGUCUGCCGAGGUCCAUGGGGCCUUGAUCAACCACAACAUCCCGGAGAAGGUUCUCCGGAAGACCCAGUUCCCCAGCACUGAAGCCAUGGAUGUAUGUCGUCAAAAUCCCACUUGGAAAAUCUUAAUGAAAAAGAUGCAUCGGGUACAAUAUCGGGCCCUGACAUGCCUUCAUAACAUGCUUUCUACCAUGGAUGCGGAGUCCCUGGGAGGGGCAGCAGCGCUACAGGCUGUUGCCCAACACCUGUCCACACUGGUCUUCAGUGCCUCAGAUAUCCCUAAGGAGGAGGAAUUCCUAGAGGCCGUCACCAGUGCCAUGCGAUCCCUUUUACAGAUCAUAGCCUCCAUGAAAAUUCCCCAGUGUUUUACUCCCCAGCAGCUGAUAACCUUAAGUGAGGCAGCGACCCGUUGUGACGUGGUCAGUGUGCGGGUGAAUGCUGUUGCCAUACUAGGUAUCACCGGCAGCACACUGGCCAAAGAAAAGGGGACUUCUGAAACCCUGCAGAUGAUUGGCAAUGCCUUACUUCAGGUUGCCACAAAGGAUGCCAACCUUGUGGUAUGUGGAGAGGCUCUGGAUGCUCUUUUUGAUGUUUUUGCUGAUGGAGAUGAAGCAGAGAAAGCUGCUAAAAACAUCAGCUUACUGUCUGCACUAAAGGCACUUCAACCUGUCUUCAAGGCAAAGAUUCGCAAAGAAGGGAAAGGAAAGUACAGCCCUGAGCAGAUGUGUGUGCUGGACAACAUUAAAGUCAACCUAAGGCGGUUUAUUGGCUACCUGGAGAUUGUGGUUAAAAAAUGAUAAAUUGAUUGCCCAACACUAUAGUACAAACUCUGACUGGCUGAUAUGAAAUGUCUCAAAAUACGCAUUUCAAUUGACACGACAUUGUCCAGAAUCCUGGGACGGAAGAAGGAAUGAGAUUAAGUGGGAACUCUUCAUUAAAGGGACAGUUGACUCAAAUUUGUUUAUUUAGAGUUGAAAUGUCCCUUAUGAAAUAUGGCAGAUGUUGAUGUUUUCUUUCUUUAUUUUUAACCAUGAAAUCCUUUACAAUUUACUUUUUUUCCACUGAGGGUUUAAAUGGUUUGUGCAAAAAAUGUAUCUGUUCCAUACAAAAGUUUAAAUCAACAAAAUAUUGAUAUAAACUUUGGUUUAUUUUAUAUAUAUUUAUCAACCAACUCACAAAAUACACUUUUCAUUGCUUUUCAAUGUUAGUAUGGACCGUUAUUAAUGGUUUACUUCUAACCCAAUCUGUUUACUGACCAGAUCUAGUUUAAUUAUGCUCAUGUGGAAUAAAACUUCUGUUGGACAGGCCCUGUUGGACAGUCCCCAAUUCCAA